AUGCAAAAAUCUCCCAAAAUUUCAGCAAUAAACCCGAAAUAUGUCCCGGUUCAAUACCAGCAACAGCAACAGAAGAAAUGGACUCCACUACCAUUCAAAAACUAUGUAGGUACCCAAUUUAAUGUGUCUCCAACCUCCAAGUUUUUUGUCAUCAAAUCUUACACCUUAUUAGAUGUGAACGCGUCUUUCAUCAAUAACAUUUGGGCAUCAACCGAGCUUGGAAAUAAGAGAUUAUCUUCUGCUUUUAAGAAAGCUGCUGACGAUCAGGGGGAAGUUUAUCUUUUCUUCCUGGUCAACGGUAGCGGCAAGUUUUGUGGGGUUGCCAAAAUGACCAGUGACUUAGAUAUGGAGAAGUCCAGCAAUAUAUGGUUUGAAACAAGUAAGUGGAAAGGAGUUUUUGAUGUUGAUUGGCUUAUGGUCAAAGAUAUUCCCAAUAAAUAUUUCCACUUCUUGAAGGUUGCAGCCAACGAAAAUAAACCUGUUUCUAACUCCAGAGAUACCCAAGAAAUCCCAUUGAAUAUUGCCCUUGAAAUGCUCAAAAUCUUUAGCACCUUUAAAACCUCCACUUCUUUCCUUAUGUGCUAA